GUUUAUAUACAAUAGAUUAAGGGGCAAUAGUAUACAAACGAUAACAAAAAUGUUUAAAUGAGAUUCCUGCAUUCAAUAGGCAAUUAACUCUGGCUAAUUACAACCAUUUCGACUAAAGUUACAAUUGUCAAUAUCUGAUCAAUUAAAAUAAGUUAUGUGAAUACAUUUCUACAUAAUUAUCAAGCUGAACGCGUUUCUCUCAGUCGGAAGACACACGACCCGGUAUUGUGUGUUAAUAUAUAUUGUUCUAUUGAACGGCGGGGGGGGACGCCUACGUUGUCGGAUGAAUACAGGGUCCGUAGUAUGAAAUACUUUCGAAAGGUGUGCUCGCAGUUUGAAAGGUUGUAAUGCUUGUUCGCUAAGACGAUGUGUUUUUCGUAGUUUCUGAAUGUUUGAAAAGGUAGCAUAAUCCCUGAAUAUUAUCUCAGCUAUUAGUAACUUUUGGAUCUGUGCAUGCCAUAUCUAGACAUAAUGCUGUUCAAUUUAAUUUUUCAUUAGCUUUUGAUUCAUUUUCUAUUGCGACUUUUUAGCUGAUGCGAUGAAACCGCUUCAUCUUGAGGUGCCUGACAAUGUCGAUCCCCAGCGAGGGAGAAAGGUGUACGAUCAAAAAAUUUACGUUUCCGCCUUUGAGCGAGGCACGCGCGAUCGUUCUCCGAGGCGAGUCGAACCGCUGCCCGAUCGUAUCGAGCUGAAAAUAUGCCCCCAGAAUAACCAGCGCGGGCGCAUGAAGUACUACCGGGCACGUAGCAUACCGGAACUUUGCCGCGUCACGCUAAAACCGACCGGGGAAACGUCCCAACAACAAGGUCGCAUGGAAGAAAUUUAUAUCACGCAAUACACGCAUGCGUUCGACCGCCAGAUCGAGAAGCCUCACGUAGUGGCGUGGAGACGAGCUUUCGAAGAUUGUGACGUAGCUCACGGGGAUAGCAAGUUGUGUAUACUCAAUUCUCCGGUAGGAUCGAAACCCGGGGCCUUUCCUGAACGACGGAGAUCUGCCCCACCAGGGUCUUUUGUUUUUAAUUAUGAUGCAUUGGAUAUGCCUGAACCCAUUCAUCGAAGGUCGAAAUCCUUAGGAAUGUCAAUGGACGAUCCGUUUGGUUUCGAUGAAGUGGAUACGCCGGUAGGAGAAGAUGCCGGUCGGAAUAUGGGCGGAAUGGCUGUACAAAGUUCCGGUGGGAACCCGAGAGGCCUGGCCCACGAGAGAAUAUCCGCUCAAAAAGUCAAUGAAGUCGAAAGUUUUGAUUCGAAAUUUUGGGAUGAAGACUUUGGCAGUUCAUAUGGAGAUAAUGCCAGCAAUUCCCGGAGCAGAAAUGGCGUCAGAAAUAAUGGUGUCGCAAUCGAUAAAGUCGUAAAUAAUGAUGAUCUAAACAGCGCAACUACGAAUACCACAACAAGAAAUGUCACAGGUAGUGUUUCGAAGCCUCACGGUGCCAUUGUUGAUGACUUUAUAUCCUAUCAGAUUGGCAAUGGUGACGUCAUGAAUGGUGACGUGGAAUCUAGAAACGGUUACAGCAUUCGAGGUGAUGACCAGACGGACGGUGGUGAUUCACCAGAUUACAGCACGCAAGAUCCCACAAACCAAGCACGCUCCUUGAUCAGCACGCUCAGGUCAAGCAUGAAGAAACCGGACAGCGAAACGUUCCUUCGUUCCGUGCACUCGCCACGCACCAGACAGUCUCGUCCCGAGUCCACCGGCAGGAACCGUUCACCACGGAGAAAAAAAUCGAAAGAACCAAUGUCAGAGCGGGAUGUUCUAUCGUGGAAUAAAGCCUACGUCGGAGGUGUAAAGCAAGAGUUUCCGCAAAAAGUUACGCCACGAAUUCUUUCAAAUCCAAGCACAAAGUUUACAUAUCAAAGUGUUAGUCAAUACGAAUUCUCCUCCCGGAAAAUAUCACCCAAGGAAACAACACCCGGAAGAAAUGAACCCCAGGAAGUUCCCCCUUCCCGGCAAUUCGGGUCAGAAGUUAAUACAAGGACGAGUGGCAGUCCAGCAAUGGAGAAACCUGGUAACCAUUCAGCGUAUUCACAUCGUCCAAGUCUCGGUUUGCCUGGGACGGAUAAAAAAUAUCACAGUCCGCCUGGUUCAGAAUUGAACGCAAGUCCUCAUCAUGAUUGGCCACCUCAAGAAUUUAAGGUUGGUUACUCUCAAUCAACACCAGUGCCUGAUGAUAUCAAACCUGUUUCGGAAGAAUCAUCCUUGAAUAGUGAUCCAUCAGUAGUCAAAGGCUCUCCAGAUGAGAAUCCAGUGGAUAAACGCCCAUUGAUGAUGGGAGAAGCAUCUUCAAUUGAAUCAUCCGUAGAUGAAAAUAAGUUAAAGCCUGAAAAUGAAAAAUCGAUGACUAGCAGUUCAUUCGCCUGGCAAGGUUUAUCGAUAACUGAAAAUCCAUCUUCACCAAUGGAUGUUGAGAGCAGAGAUAACUUUACAAAUCAGCAGCCGAAGUCCGUGGUGGAGCCAGUUUUGGAACAGGUAAUAUCCGAGCAGAAUGAAAGUUUCUACCAUCAAGAACCGAGUUUUGAAGAUGAACAAGCGAAGACACUUGAAGCUCCCGAUAGUACUUACCCUCGCCAAUUUGGCGCUGAAGACCACAGCAAUCAACCUGGUUCGACUGUGAAUGCAAUUUCUGAGCAAGUUACUCGUGACUACAAAAUGAACUAUUUCCAACUGCCAGAUCUUGAAAUAUUCACAACGGAUCCACUGGAGACAGAGGAGGAUGACGACCGUCAGCGACCAGUGGAAGACACAGUUUAUACCAAAAAGUUGAAAUCUUUAUCGGACGAUAUUCCCGAAGCAGAACCGCGUAGCCAAGGUGAAGAACCAGAACAAGAAGUUAAAAGGUUUAAAACAAAUGAAAAUCUUGAAAGUAGUCCUCCUAGUGAAGGUGAAGAUUCAGCUUACAGCGGCAAGCCAAGUUCUUCAUUGAACACGACUUCCGGACCAAGUGUUGAGGUAAGAAAAGUGGAAUCCUUCGAGCCAGACCAAAGCAUCCGACCGAAACGCUUUAAAAGCACCGUUUAUAUGAAUGGGAAUUCAAAAUCUCCAUCGAUCAUAAUUCAUCCGGGGGAACAGACGACAGAGCCAAAUGAAGAUUAUUACAAACAGCCAAGUUUUGAAUUAAUGAGGGAAAAUAAACAACUCGAAACUGACCAGAAUGGUUAUCCCAAACAAGACGAAAAUACAGUCGACAGGAGAAGUUUAAGAUAUCAUUGGAACGCGACGCAUGAUGUACCAGCUCCUAUCCAGAACGAAAGCUAUUACCAUCAACCAAAUCCUGAAGUGAAGAGGGUUGAAACAAAGCAGGCAUCUCCUUCAAAGCAUGUUGAAGGCACAGUGAACAAGAAGUUAAACAUAAAAUCUUCAUCGUAUGUCACUCCUGGGAAACCAACAUCAGGCUAUAUCAAGAAUGGCGAUUAUUACCAACAACCGAAUUUUGACAGCAGGAACGAGGACACACAACGAAGUAGACAAGAGAAAAGCGAAAUCCAGAGAAACUACACCAAAUCUACCUACAUAAUUUCGGAAAAGCAGUCGACUUAUCAAAAUGAACAAUAUUAUCAACAACCAAAGUCUCCAGUAAAAGUUGAAACCACGCCACCUCCUCGAAUUGAACUGGAAACCAACGAAGACCUUUACGAAGAGCCGACGGAUGAGAACUCGAAUUUUUUGCCAGAAAAAUGUCCAGCAAUUCAUGGAAAUGAUUACAAAAAGCCGCUGCCAGUUACACCAACACAGCUUACUCCGAACGAAAGCUACUACGAGGUCCCAAAUAACUCGAAUCUUUCAUCCACAAGAUGUCCACUUGACGACGAAAUUGAAUCAAGAAAUCACAGCACAAAUCAUUACGAAGAGACAGUGGAACACAUUUACGAGCAACCAAAUUUCUCUGGAGAAAGAAUAUACGAAGAAUAUGAUUAUGAGAAGAUGAAUCCACCUUCGAAAUUGGCGGGAACAAGUUUAUACAAAGUACCCAAGACCACAACGGAUGUUGUCCACGAUGAACCAGAUUCCAAACUUGGGUACGAAGUUAUGAAGCCUUCUCAGUUUCAAGAUUUUGAAACGUUCAAACCCAAAGCCGAAUUAUCAGGCAAUUUUCUGCAGGGGAACCUCAAGGAAAGCGAGAUACCGAAGAAUAAACUGGCAAACAGAAGCCAACAGUCGUCAUCUUCAUUGUGGUCGAACGGCCAGGCGAGUCGUGUGACUUACAACGGCGAAGUUAGUUCGAAGAAACCGGUUAAAUCCACAACGUCUUCGGUGGGAAUCGAUCAGGCAGAUGCUCGGAUUUCCGACGAUAGUCCACGAAGAAACAGCGAACAAAGUCUGUCUUCAGAGGAAGAUUUGCGUCCGCAAAAACCCGAGGCGGAAGUGGUGUAUGAUACCCCGAAGAAGACGUUUAAGAGGAUGGAAAGUCGUGAAGGAGAGGUCUCCCAUCCUAGUUUAUACAGUAAAACUAGCAACGGCAGAGCAAACAGCGGUAAUACAAGCCUGGCAAGGUUUUCAUCUUUCAACAGCGACGCUUCGUACAAGCGAAGAUUGACAUCCGCUUGGAUCGAGCAACAGAGAAUAAACUUUAAGAGAGAGGUUAGCAGAGAGCCAAGUUUAAGACGGACGAAAUCUGUCGAGCUUCACAAGCAACGCCGUGGCGAAAGCUCCGAUCAUAAACUGAAGCAUUCGAAAAGCGAACUGGAUUUUGAACGACUCGAUGCUAUGUAUAAUCCUUUUGACGACAAAUAUUUCGAGCCAAACCCCAGUAAACACCAGGCAAAGGUUGUUCAUAUACCAGCGUCUGGAGUCAUCACCAAAGCGAAUUCGCUUGAACGAAACACACAGAAAUUCGAAGAUGCCACGAAAGUGUCGAAAGCGAAUGGUGCAAAUGAGCCAGCCAAGGAUAGAUUAUUACCGCUAACACCACUGGAAAAAGACACCGAGGUUGAAUACAAUCAAAGAAAUCUGUCUCAGGAGAAGCCACAGCAGAGUCUAUCAAAAGAAAGUCCAGUGAAGUUGAGGGAUGGUUCGAAUAACAGACUCGCGACGCGUCCAAAGUCGGCCGAUGUAUCGAGAUAUGACAUUGGCAUUGGUAAAAAUGAAGACAAGAAUUUUCCCUCGAGUGAAAAUGAACCGAGAAUGGAUAAGAAAAUGGAAGGGACUAACUCAAGCCAAAAUAAGCCGAUAAGAGUUCGACCAAAAUCUGUCGAUGUUUCUGAAAUUGAUAUCAGAACUUACAACGAAGAAGCGAGGAGUCUGGCGAUGAAAGAAAAACAGGAUAAGAUGACAACAAACCUGUCUGGUACAAUGCAAACAUUGAACACAGCUGGGCCGAAAUCCGCUGAAGUUUCCCGAUUUGACGAUAUGACGAUCCAUCACGACAGAGCGGUGAAUCUGUCAUCAGAACCUGUCGUAGAAAAGCGAAACGAGUUAUCAAGAAGUCAGGAAGGCUCUGAUUCGAAGCGAGGACCAAAGGUUCGACCAAAGUCUGCUGAUGUUUCAGGGUUCGAUGCGACAAGCUAUUAUGAUGAACCUACAAAGUUACACGGCGAUAAAGAUGUGGUUAAUCCAACUCAAAGACCAAGAUCUCGUCCAAAAUCUGCUGAUGUUUCGGGAUUUGAUAUCACCAGCUUUGCUGAUGAACCGAUGUUGAAGCAAUCGAAAAGCGAAGUUAGCGUGGACCAGUUGAAAGCGAUGUACGACCCGUAUGAUCAGAACUCGUGGUUCUCCCCCGAAGCUGCAUCGAGGAACGUCGACCAAUCAGAUUCAAGAUUUGCCGACCGCGAAGUGCUUCAUCGAAGAAGUCGUUCCGAGCCCGAGAGCCGACCGGAAAGAUUUGAAAACGGCGGGAAAAUAGAGGUGUCUGAAGAUGGAAUCGAAAAAGAAGAAUUAGGAAGUUUAGAGAAGGAACCAGUGGCGAAUAUUACAAAGCUGAGUGGUUCCUCGGUAUUGCUACUGAAUGUGGUCGAAGUUGGACCAAACGGAGAUCCUAAGAAUCCGAAAUUUAAAAGGAAUGCGGUUGGAAGGUCGACUUCAAAUAUCGUGUCCAUUACAGCAGGCGAAAUUGGAAGUGAUAAGCAAGUGGCAAUGCGAGAAUCGACGAGGAAAGCAAAGAAGAUGGAGGUGGAUACAACACAGAAAGAUGGAAAACCAAUCGUGAAGCAAAGAGCGAGGUAUAUUAUUGGUGGGGAAAGAGCAAGCGUGCGCUACCUUUCAAAGUCUACCGAUGAACUCGCAUCAAAUGACACAAAGAAAACUGAGACAUUGCCCCAACCUCAAGACCAAUCAACAGAGAAACCGAUGAAAACUUCGAAGAAAGACGGAGGAUUUCGGAAUUUCUUCGGCAGGAUUAGAAAGUCGAAGUCUGAACCAAAUCUGGACAAGAAUUUUAGUGUGUUUGAUGUCGACUCCGAUCUUGCUGAAAAGAAGGAGGGUCCUCAAAAACAAGGUGAAAAAGAUGAAGGCUUGCAGGAAACGUCACCCGCUGCCUCGCAGGAGAAAUUACCAAGCAGUUCCAAGAGUGGUCUCAAAGCCUCGUCGUUUUAUCCCAAGUUGAAGAAUUUCAAGAAAAACUUCUCGAAGUCGAAGCAGAACAAAGCUGGAGGAAGUCUAAAGGAUAGCAGUGUGGAUUCUGGGCAGGAUAUUUCGAAAAGUGAAGACCGUUUAGAAAGAGCAGCUCUCUCGGAUGAUGGAAUCAAAAGAGAAACUGUUCAGCUCAGUGAAAGUGCAGGUGAUGCUGCUGCACCUGAUGACAUCGGAAACAAACCCAUCGAUUCUUCGAUUUCGUCGAGAAGCACAAAUCCAACUAGUCCUAGAGAAUCCUACAUCGAUAGUACUGAAGUGUCCAAAAACGUGGCACAAGUUGAGCGGUCUUCAAAUGCCAGUGGCAGGGAAAAUGAAGUCUCACCAUCAAGUCUUGUAACAUCCCCAAAAAGCAAAAAGAAGCGCUUCUUUCCUGGGGGAAUCCGUGUUAUUCCAGUCUCUUCUGUUGUUAAGCAACAUACCUCGGAUUCGAUGUUAACUUCUGAUGGAAUUCGUAAAAGCGAGAUCAGGGGUACAGUUUUUAGUACUUCUGAGAGCGAUAAAGGACCAACGAAGGAUCUAGUGUCGCCCGAAUCAACUGAAAAUCAAACUGCCGAAUCUAAAGAAAGGAAAACUGGUUAUCGCGUUACCGAAGUCACUUCGAGGUCAACAAUAUCAAGUAAGAAAGGCGUUGACAACGGAAGCCAAAACGGUUCAAGGUUCGUUCGGAGUUCCACAAGUGAAGAGGAGUCGGCGUCUGGUAAAUUGCCUGCCAAAUCUACUGCUUAUAUUACAAAUCAAUCGUCAAGUGAUGGUGUGGUUUUGAGAAGAAGUGCUCGCAAUGCAAAGCAAACGUCCACCUCAACCGAUCCUAAUCUUCGCAAGCCAUUUAAGGAUAUUGAUUUGUACAAUCAAGACGGAAGAAGCGGUAAUAUGAAAUCAAGUUCGGUAGAAAAUCUUCUCUCAAGCACUCGGGUAACAGCCUGGGAAACACAAAACCGGCAACGAUAUUCGCUACACGAAGAUUCAACAAUUUUCAAGAGUGAUGGUCACAAGAAACCUAAAGAUAUUGCUGGUAAUCAAUUCAAAGCUGGCUAUCCAAACGGUCCAAAUAACCAGCAACGAAACUCCGUCGACGAGGAUUUGAGAGUGGGAAGCAAAGAUGACGUGACCAUGGAAAGUAUGACUGUUCAGAUAAAGUCGGGAAUACUUCAAGAGCAAGAAGUCAGGAAUGGUUCAAAGUCAGAAGAAGAUCUUAGCAAAAAGGACAGUAAAGAACCCGAAAUUGCAAGUCCUAAAACCAAGCAUCGUGGCUUUUUUAAGAAGAGAAUGUUUUCGAAGGGAGGUAGUUCAUCUCAGGAUGAAAUCGAUUCUGGUCGAAAAGAGUCUGGUAAAGAGAACGGGCUAAUACAAAGUAAGAAAGAAAUUCCAACUUUGAAAGAUUCCAAGCCGGAUCAAAACAAGGUGGAAGUUGAAGUUUUAAAGAACGAGAGCAUCGAAGAUAUUGAAAAAGCAAAAGAAAGUCGACCCUCGAAGAUGAAAGAUGAGAAGGAGAAAGGUGAAUUUGGUACAAAGAUUAAAGGCAUCUUUACCAAAGUUUUACCGCAAAAGAACAAAACUGUUAACAAACUUGAGAAAGGUAACGAUGAAACAGCUUCCGACAGAGAAAAAGCAGAGAAAUUGGAUCCAACUUUGGACGAAAAUAACAACACAACCACGAUUGCUUUUGCCACAGCAAAUCAGAAAGAUGAGAGCAAAGAUGGCGAACAACUAGUAAACAGCAGAACAAAAUCACAAAGGGCCGUUUUCGUGGUAAAACAUUUGGGAGAAUCUGACAACGAGAAGAGCAGAGCCUCAGACGAUGAAAGAAAGCGUGUGAAACGUGGAGGAAUCGUAGUGGAUUCGUCAAAUCCAGAAAGAAGAGCAACUUAUCAUGGCUCGAAGGUGAGGCAUGUGGGUGAUUCUAAUACAGUACGAGUGGAAAACAUUGAGAAACGGAUAAGUUUGGAUGAAAGAAGCUUAAAAACUUUAGCAACAGAGAAGAAUCAAGAUGGCUGGAAGCGUUAUAGUGGUCCUGUCACAAGAGGGAUUUCAUUCGAGACACCUGCUAGACAAGAUGAGACCAUUACAAAAACAGAAGUAGUGGAUAACGUUGAAGCCUUUGAUUUGGCCUUUGACUUCUUCGAAGAAGAAUUGAAUAAAGAAGAAAACCUUGAAGAGACGGCCGAGAAAGGAGUCCGCGGAACAGAGGUUGACACAAAACAUUCUUUAACCAAUCUCGAGGAGGAUUCGAACAGCGACAAAACUUCAGAGCAGAUCAAAGGUUUUACCAUCAUGCAUAAGAAGACUAGCAGUCUGGUUAUGAGCAAGAGUUUGGAGGAUAGUUUGGAAAGCAUUGGAAAAGAGGAUGGCAUUGGUAAAGAAGUUCAAGGGAAUUCGGCACGAAAUGAUUUGGAUAGAAAACAAGCCAACGCAGGAAAUAUGAAAACUUCAAGCUCAAAAACUGACAUUCAGAAGACGGAAUUGAGUAAAUCGAGCCAAGAGGAUGAAAAUAAAACAAGACGUGGUACUACAGCCUUUCUUGUUAAUCACGAAGACAAGGAACAGCAAAUGAAGUACGUCGAAAAGGUCAUGGUGUCUGUUCACCGUGGCGCGAGCGAUGUGAAGAAGCUGGUACGAGAACCUACCGAGACUACUGCAGAAUCGAACGAGCUUUCCUCGGCUCCAGUUUCCAAGUUUUCAAAUCACGUCCGUUCGAGUUCUGGUGAGGAAGGGCUGACUCACCAGAUGUCCAAAGAAGAUAUAGCAAAGGAUAUGUCCGAAGGGCGUUUCUCGUACCCAGCUUCCAUGUCUUCAAAGUCCGCGCGUCCUGGUUCUGGAAAUCAUGUGCAGGAUGACUCAAACAGUUUAAAUAUUGUAUCAACGCUUGGGGUGACUAGUGAGGAAGCUAAGGUGGCCCGUUCAAGCGCUGAGAAAGACGUUAUCAAAACCGUGAGAAAACAAGAGAGGUCCCAAGAACGGGCUUUAAAGAACAGCGGCCAUGUUGUCGAAGAAUUCGCCGUGAAAAAUGAAGCUGAAACGACGCACUUUGCGAACGAGGAAACCAAUAACAUCGAUGAUGCUGGAGACGAGUUACUUCAACUUAUUGAGGAUCAAAUCGCAUUUCAAGAUACUCCAAAGCAAUUACAACCGGAGGAUUCUUCCACACCGAUACAAGAUGACAAACCUGGGAAACAUAAGCUGUCCAUUGACGAGGAGUCGUCUUUGUUGUUGAGUAGUUCGCGUGAGGGUGCUAUUACUCCAAUCUUGGUUCGUACUGCCUCGUUAGAAGUGGACAAGACCGAUGGAGCUGGUCGUGGUAGACCUUUAGAUGCAGAAGAAAAGAAGAGACUUGGAGCAUCCCAAAAUCCAACAACAACUCCCGGGCAAAUACCGUCCACAGCUCAAUCUUCUAGUUCCAUUUUAAACAGUUUGGUAAAAUCUACAGACGUGAAACCUUUCCAAUUAAGUCCCAGUGGGACAACAACGCCCUACUCAAGAAAUCAAACCCAGAGUUACCCCAGUAACUUUCAAAAACAACGAACAACCAAUGGUGUUACAGUCAUCCCUUCUGUCGAGCGACAAAAUGGAAGUAAUGUUGAAAGAAAGCUCACUCGACCCAAAUCUCAAUUGUAUAAAGAAGCGAAGAACGAUAGCGCCACUGUUUCAAAAUCGCAAGAAAAUAUUCACUUUCAGGAAGUCAAAAUUUCGAGAGAUGCUAUGACAGCAAAAACCGUAACUGGAACAAAUUUUGCAUCUCAACAGAAACAAAAACCUCCACCUGUUCCUCCAAAACCUAAGCGAAAUAAAGGUGGAAAUGGGGUAAAAGAUCCAAAUCUUGCUGUGUUGGGUAAAAAUGGGGUAUCUCAGGCAGAGAGGACAGAGGAGAGACCAUCAUUGCAACACCAUCAGAGGAAACCAGCUGGAUUCAUGGACGUGCAAAAUAGCAGCCUCUCGUUUGUCAACUUUCAGUCGUCACGAGAAAGUUACAACGCCCGGGGCGCGGAUGAACAAAAGAUGUUGAACUCUUCGAAUGGAAAUGAGAGGGUUGGGUUUACCAGUAGCACAAGCUUUUCCACACAAACCUCGCAAGACAGACUGGCAUCUCGUGGUGUGACCGUUCACACAUUCAAACAACUCAAGAGCGAAGAUAAUGAUGCAAUGAAGAAAAAUGAGAGUAAAGAAGUGUCCUCAAUUUCAAAAUCAAUGAAACAGCGGAAGAAAAAAGGAACAACGGCAAGUGAUACGAGCGAAGAUCUUUUGGUUCGACUGCAACGGUUACUCUGCGAUGAUGAAUUGUUAUCGGAGCCUGAGGAUAGCUCCAUUUCACACAACGAAGUCUCCUCGGCGAUUUACUCCUUCAGCGAGGAUUCAGAAUUUGAUCCGAAACUUAUGGAACGAGUGUAUAAGAGCCUCGAGAGACCAAGAAAGAUUCCUGCGACCCAAAAGAACCCUCGGAGUUCAAAUGUACCCAUAGAUGAUGAUUCGUCCGACGAUGAGUUUACUGGAAGAAAAGAGAUGAAGUUUAAUUACAAAAUUCAUUCAAAAACACUGUAAUUUGGAUAAUUUUAUGUAAAGUUAUGUAAAGAAAAUACUCAUAAUAUUUUUGUAUUGGAAUAUUCUGGAAUACAGAAGAUCUCUCGACCUUUCGGGAAGAUUUUCUGUAUCUUUCAAAUGUUUUAAAUUCUUCUUGUAAAAACUGCCAUGCCAUACAAAUUAUCAUGGGUUUGGCAGCACUUUUAUACUUUUUUAAUAGAAAAUAUAUGCAUAUGUAAUCUUUCUAAAUAUAAAUAACCAACUGUUUACUGUUGCUAAAUGUAAUAAGCUGA